AUGGAGGAUAUAGAGAAUCACUAUGUUGCUACAACGGCGUUGCCAAACAAGCCGGACGCAGCUACGCAAAAGACUACCCUUUUGAAAAAGACAAGUUUACCAUUACAAGAAAGCACCAAUACAAGCUCGUUACACAUGUCCCAUUUGCUACAGUUGAAGGAAAAUCUUUCGUCUCCGGUGAAAGCUCAGCAACAGCAGCAGCAGCAGCAGCAACAACAGCAGCAACAACACUCUAAAAAGAGAGGACCUACAACACCGACUCCCGCACUACUGCAUCAGAAUACCAGAAGAAAGCUAGCAACAGCUCCUUUUCCUACAGCCACCACCACCACUACACUCACGCCCACCAAAACUAGAAACCGCAUGGAUGAAAAAAUACGGUGUCCUUUUGGAGACACUUUAUCUGAGAUCGAUUUGAACUACAAAAACUGGUUACUAGAACAGCAAUUGAGAUAUGUCCAGGAACUCAAUGAAUUUUUAGAACUAGAGAGAAAGUUUUCAAUAUAA